ACUUGUAUAAAAAGGCGGGAAUUGUGGAAGAUGUUUAAAUGAGUUGCGAUUUUCUUACGGGACAAUGUUGGGUAACAAAGCUUUGGAACUGAUUAAGGAACUUUCUAGAGCUUCUAGCGGGACUUUAUCAUCAUACAAUGAGGAUUGCAUCCGGCAGAUACUUGAUGAAAUGAAAACACUUUAUGAACUUAACCAGAAAGAUGUGAACGACACUGUUGCCGGAGAAGCUGGUUUGUUCUCCAGUGUGCAGGUCCGUCAUGCUGCUCUUGAAAGAAACAAACGAUGUCUUCUAACUUACUUGUAUAGAAGACUAAGGAAUAUCCAACAAAUGCGCUGGGAAUUUGGUAGUGUUCUUCCUGCUGAGAUCCGUUACAAUAUGUGUGAACGUGAGGUGCAAUGGUUUAACCGAUAUAACAAGAUGUUAGCAACCUACAUGCGAAAUAUUGCUGGUGGUAUCGGACUCGACCUUACUCAGGACAUACAACCUCCUAAAAGCUUAUAUAUAGAGGUGAGAUGUUUAGUUGACCAUGGAGAAUUCGAAACUCAAGAUGGAAAUAUUGUAGUCUUAAAAAGAAAUAAUCAGCAUUUCCUUUUACGGUCUGAAUGUGAAAAUCUUAUCCGACAAGGCAUCUUGGAACAUGUCACUAACUGAAAACGCUUUCUUCCAUCUCGUACAUCAUUCUACUUCUUUUCAAACCUUCUGUGAAAACCUGAGACCUGAAAACUGAAGAUACACUUUAAAUGUGAUAUAUUAGUUCCAAAUACAUUACAAUACAUCAAAAUCCUUUAAUUCCCAAGACAAACAUAUAUUGUAUUGAUGAAAUAAUUUCUGAAUUAGACAGAAAGAAAGAGAUUGCUAUUAUUUGAAUACCAUGUUUUUCUUAGGACGUGCAGGAAAUGAGGACAAUUUUUUCCUUAACUUUUUUUUUGUUCUAGUUUCAUAAUUUCCAUGCACAAGGCUGUAAGUUGGUAGAAUCAUUAACAUGUCUGUGGAAAUGCUUUAUUGCAUUUCUUCUGGUUUUAUUUUCUGAGUUCAAAUUCCACCAAGUUCAGCUUUAUCUUUCAUCCUUUUCAGCACUGGGGGUUGAUAUUAUCUACUUACCCUGGCCUUGUGCCAAAAUUUGAAACUAUUAUUUCAAAGCAUGCAUGGAACGGUUUUUGUAAAUCUAAUCCGCUGGAUAUUGUUGGAAUGGUUAUUUCUACAAAAGGAAUACCUUGAUUACUGCUAAGUCAAAGAAGAGACAGGAACUGAGCUUGUCGAGUUUGGUACUCAAUCGUGUACAUUCACAGGCUCAACUUGAAACGAUGUAUAUUUGAAAAGUCUUGAAUCUUAAUCUCAAGAUUGUUGUCCCUCAUAAACAUUUCAACUAUUAAAAAAGAAAAGAAAAUCCUGAUUUUUCUGACUCAGUUUGUUUCUGAACAUUGUUGUUAAUAAAAACAUCAUUCUCAUGUAUUGUA